AUGCCGGCCCCUUUGAUCCAGAAUGCCAUCACCAGCAUCACGGUGUGCCUGACCUUCCUAGCUUCGCUCCAAUCGCAGUCCUCGUCACAAUCUUUUCGCGCUUCGGUGUCCGCUGCAGCGGUUGGUCCUGCAGUCGCUUCCAACUUUCCUGACCCAGGCCUCGCGUUAGACACCAGCAGUGGCUUUGAGACGUGGUAUGCCUUCAGUACUCAGACCGGCAAGAUCAACGUGCAACUUGCCUCCUCACCGGACUUUUCGACCUGGAAGCUGCAUGAAGGCUAUGAUGCUCUACCCACGACGCCAGGUUGGGCACGUCGGUCUCCUCAUGCUGGUGUCUGGGCCCCUGACGUGAACCAGCGCCUGGACGGAUCGUGGGUCAUGUAUUUUGCGGCCGUGGGGCGGACACAUCCACAGAAGCACUGCAUUGGUGCUGCCACCUCUCCCAAUGUGACAGGGCCUUACAUUCCUCUCGACGAUCCCAUCGUGUGCGAUUUGCCUCGAGGCGGUAACAUCGAUCCAAAUCUCUUUAUCGAUCCCAUCAACAACGAGAACUACCUGGUCUACAAAACGGAUGGAAACGCCGUUGGACAUGGUGGUGCCUGUGGCAAUACCGAAAACCCUGUUGUGCCUACUCCACUGUAUCUUCAAUUGAUGGACCCCCAAGACCUUGUCACACCAAUCGGCAAGCCUGUCUACUUGUUCUCAAACGCCAACAGUUUCAGCGAAGACGGCCCGAACGUCGAACGGCCAUGUAUGGUCUACCGAAACUCAACCUACUAUCUCCUGUAUAACGCCCACUGUUUCACCAGUCUGCAAUACCGCAUCGACUAUGUCAGCUGUAAGGUUGGCGUCGACACGCAUACCGGUGUAUUGGGUUGUGACUGGGACGCCCUGAAGGCGAAGCAGCAGACCUCCAAGGACCACACGCUGCUCCAGACCGGCGACGUCGUGUCCGGUACCCAACUCUACGCUCCAGGCAGUAUGGACGUCAGUCCCGACCAGCGCAGAGUGGUCUUUCACGGUGAUGUCAACUUGGACUGGUUCAAGCCUCAUCAUCCUCAGACCGUCCGUCGUGACCGUGCCAUGUUUGCGGGCGAGAUUGACUUUGUGAAGUCAGAGCUCCAUAUCACUGAACUUCUCUGA